AUGUUUAAAAUCCCGCUAUCUCCCUCGAGCGCGCCAGCGCCUCCGCUUACCGAAUUUUUGAAUACGCUUCCCUCACCGCUCACGGUCGUUCUCGUCGGCCUCGCGCCGUCUAUCUCCAGAGUCCUCCGCUUCGCCCAAAUUCUUAGCUGGAAGUCGUCAUGGGAAGAGAGUUGGCUUGCUCUUGCUGUUCUCUGGUUUGUUUGUCUGUUGUCACAGGCAGUCUUGAGAUAUCUAUUUCCCGUAGCUGUUGUACUCCUCCUAGUUCUCAGGCAACGGAGGCAGAAGUUAUACCAUGAGUCACCUCUGGUCUCAGAGGAGACGCUCCAAAAUGCUGUCGCCGAUCUCAUAACUAUCCGCACUCUCCUACCUUCCAUACCGCCGCCCUCGUCCCAACCGCUCGUGGUGCUUCUACGUGUCAUCGGGAUUCUAUAUGUUCCAUAUCUACUGUUGACUUAUUUCGUCCGCCUACGCGUCCUUUUUGCUCUCUGCGGCACCGUUCUCUUCACCUGGCGCGCCCGCUGGGCCACCCUAAUCCGGCGCUCUCUGUGGCGCAGUGCCUACGUACGAUGGUCCGCGUACUAUGUCUGGUCCGUCCUCUCAGGCCAGCCCCUCCCUGCGAAGACCAUUUCCCCCGAUUCGCAGCUGAAUGCGCAGUCACUCUCUUCGCAGGCGGUCCAGUCGGAGAACAUCCUCCGCUUCCUCUUCACAGUGUACGAAAACCAGCGCUGGUGGAUGGGACUGGACUGGACCGCCGCUCUGCUUCCCGGCGAGCGUCCCUCCUGGUGCUCAGUGUCGCAGCAGCCCCUCUCGCCCCCGAGCUCUUUCGCACUACCCGCGCCCACAACGGUGUACAUGAGCGACGGGCGUGGCGGGCGCGUGAAGCGCAAAGCACGAUGGGGAUGGGAGGAGGCAGAAUGGCGCGUGAUGGUGCGAUCAGAGGGCGGCGCGCUUGCCCGCGUCGAGCGGCCGCUCCCGAAGGAGAAGGAGGAGGGCACCGCGACUUCCGCAAUCCUGCGCGCGGCGGGGAAGAUGCGCGAGGGGAGCACGAAUGGAUCAAGCCCAGAGCGGCUCAGGGAGAAGGAAGGUGUGCCGCGGGAUGGUCAGGACGAGGUAGCUGGGGAGGAGCCGCUGACGGAUGAAGACGGGUGGAUGUAUGCGGACAAUAAGUGGGAGAGCGGGAGUGGCAAGGGUGGCAUGGGCAAGUAUACGCGCUACAGACGGUGGACCCGCAUUGCCAUACUCUACGAGACUGUGGAGCCGGCUGAGCCUGGUGAACUGGGAAUCCGCAUAGAAGAGAGCCCACAUACGGCACGCCCAGAUGUGGCAUCGCCAAAGACACCGACUGUAGUCAAGCCAGAACCCGAGCACGAAGUGAAACUUGAGAGCAAGGACGAACGUCAUGGCCCCGAGGAGGAAGACAAGUCGCGUCUCCGACGGCGGCUACAGGCGGCAGUCAUGCAUGCGUCGCACUCAUAA